AUGAACAACGGGGAUACAAAUUCCAUAAAUAACCAUGGUAUUAAAAAUGCAUCAAAUCUAAACCAGUAUCACAUCAUCACUAUAAAAUCCCCACCACCUAAUUUAAGAGUCUCUUUAACAUCAAAUACAUAUUUUCCAUCAUUACCAACACCAAUUACUUCAUCUCCUCCUCCAUCUCCUCCUCCUGCUACAACAACAACCACCACAACUACAACUACAACUACAACAACAAAUUCAAAUAUAAAAAUACCAAAAGCACAAUCACCACCAAACAAUACACAACCUAACCCUCGGUCAUUAAGAAGUGAGGAAUUUAUAAAUAAUAUAAUUCAAAUUUUAGCAAUAUCAUCUCCAAAAACAAAAAGAAAUUUAUACCCCUGUAGAUUCCCAGAUUGCUCCAUUUCUAUAUCAAACAUUCCUAAACUAAAACAACAUCUAGCUUCCCAUUUUAAAGAUAACGUUCCUACAAUGAUUUUUCUAUGUGAAUUUGGUGACCUAGACUGUUCUUUUUCAACAUCUUCAAAGGAUCAAGCAUUUGAGCAUUUACAAAACUUUCAUUGCGAAUCAGGCCCGAUUGAUAACUUUUUUUCUACACUUAAUUUAGAUCUUAAAGAUGAAACAGAAGAAGAGGAAAAAGAAAACUUUGACAAUUUUUUAGAUUCGAAAAAAAGAUCUCUUGAUGACAUUGAUAAUUUAGCUUCAAAUAGUAAUAAUAAAAAACUGAACAUCAAUAACAACAAUAAUAAUUUUAAUAAUAAUAAUAAUAAUAAUAAUAAUAUUGACGAUAUUAUUGACAUCGAUACUAUCGAUAUUGACAAUAUUGAUAUGAAUCCGCACGACAAUGUAAAUAGCACUCAAAACAACCAAAUUAAUAGGGAACUGCAGAUUAUUUUAUCCAAAGUUAAAAUCAUAGAUAAUACCAUAAACAGCAUUUCAGAUUUCGAACAGAAAUUAAUGAAACAUGAUUUUAAUGCAAUUUUAAAAAGAUUCUUUAGGAACCAUCCAACCAUCAACAGAUCAAGACUUGAAAACGAUAUUAUAAUAGAAUACAUUAGGUUUAUAAUUUUAAAAUUUAUAUAUGAUAAAAAUUCAAAUUCGGUAAUAUUACCACCUCCGAUGAUUGAAAGUUUUUGGAAACUACAUUUAUUGGACACAAACAAAUAUCAGGAAUGGUGUCAAGUUUUUAAAAUGCAAAUUCACCAUGAUCCAGGAUUAUACUCUAAAGGACCAACAUUCAAAAAAAAAGCCUAUGCCAAUACUUUAAAUUACUAUAAUUCAAUUUUU